UAGCGCUCCUUCAAAUCUCCCCCUCCCCCCGUCACGUGUCCCGGACCGUCGCCCCCGUCACGUGCCCGUGGGACUGGGCACCGGGCAGUAUGACGGGCUGUGAUUGGCCGUCUAAGCGUCCGCGUCGCGGAGUUCACCCUUGACCCGAGGCGCCGGCGGAGGUGAUGCUGCUGUUGCUGGGGCUGCGGAGACUGAGCGGCGGCGGCGGUGGCGGUGGUAGCGGUAGCGCGCUCCGCCCGCUGUGGAAGCGCUAUGUGGUGCGAAGGGGGAAGAGCUCUGUUGUCGCCGAUGCCACCGCGGGGUCUGCAGCUGCCUUGGUGCCCAACGCUGCCACCAACCGCGUGCUGGGGAAAUGGAUGAUUGCCUGCAGCGGAAUGGUCGUUGGGGCCGUGGUCCUUGGCGGAGUGACCAGGCUGACCGAAUCUGGCUUGUCAAUGGUCGACUGGCACCUGAUCAAGGAAAUGAAGCCCCCCAGUACCCUGCCUGAGUGGGAGGCAGAGUUUCAGAAGUACCAGCAGUUCCCCGAGUUUAAGAUAUUAAACCAUGACAUGACUCUGAAUGAGUUCAAGUUCAUCUGGUACAUGGAGUAUUCCCACCGGAUGUGGGGCCGGGCGGUGGGACUGGCCUACAUCCUCCCCGCCGUCUACUUCUGGAGGAAGGGCUGGAUGUCGAGGAGCUUGAAGCUGCAGGUGGUGGGCCUGUGUGGCUUUGUGUGCUUCCAGGGUUUGCUCGGCUGGUUCAUGGUGAAGAGUGGUUUGGAGGAGAAGCAAGACUCCCACGAUAUCCCCCGCGUCAGUCAGUACCGCCUGGCCGCACAUCUGGGCUCCGCAUUGCUGCUGUACUGCGCUAGUCUGUGGACAGGCCUGUCCCUCCUCCUGCCCCCCAACAAGAUGCCGAAUACUCGCCAGAUGAUGCUGUUUCGGCAAUUCGCCCGAGGGACCGGUGGCCUCGUUUUUAUAACCGCACUUUCAGGAGCUUUCGUUGCUGGCUUGGAUGCUGGUCUCGUUUACAACUCUUUCCCCAAAAUGGGUGCCCGCUGGGUACCUGAUGACCUUUUGGCCUUCUCCCCGGCUCUCCGAAACUUCUUUGAGAACCCAACCACCGUGCAGUUCGAUCACCGGAUCCUGGGCAUUGCCUCAGUGACAGCAGUGACCGUCCUCUACGCAUUAUCCCGCAGGAUGGCCUUAACCAGAAGAACACGGGUGGCUGUUUCCUCGCUUCUGGCCAUGGUUUACAUGCAGGCGGCGCUGGGAAUCGGCACGCUGCUGCUCUACGUCCCCACCCCGGUGGCGGCCACGCACCAGUCGGGGUCCCUGGUGCUCCUCAGCAUGUCCGUCUGGUUGAUUCACGAGCUCCGCAGACUCCCCAAGUAAAGCAUUACACACACGGAGCG